GGCGGCGCGCACGGGGCCCUGCUGUGCGCGCGCCCGCCGCCCGCCACCCGCGCAGCCCCUCGGCCCACUCCGCCCUUCGGGUCGUGGCGCCCGUCCCUCCCUCGCUCUCCCGUCGGCGCCCGGACAGGGGCUCGGGAGCCGAGCCUAGCCGGGGCAGGGGCGGGAGCCACGGGACGAGCGCCUGAGGUGCCGUGGAGAAGCCAUGGAGCUGAGCAGCAAGAAGAAGCUGCACGCCCUGUCCCUGGCCGAGAAGAUCCAGGUGCUGGAGCUGCUGGAUGAGUCCAAGAUGUCCCAGUCGGAGGUGGCCCGGCGCUUCCAGGUCUCCCAGCCCCAGAUCUCACGCAUCUGCAAGAAUAAGGAGAAGCUGCUGGCGGACUGGUGCAGCGGCACGGCCAACCGGGAGCGCAAGCGCAAGCGGGAGUCCAAGUACAGUGGGAUCGACGAGGCCCUGCUCUGCUGGUACCACAUCGCCCGGGCCAAGGCCUGGGACGUGACGGGGCCCAUGCUGCUCCACAAAGCCAAGGAGCUGGCCGACAUCAUGGGCCAGGAUUUUGUCCCCAGCAUUGGCUGGCUGGUCCGCUGGAAACGCCGGAACAAUGUGGGCUUCGGGGCCCGGCACGUACUGGCGCCUCCGUUCCCCCCCGAGCCACCUCCCCCUGGCCCCACGUCCCAGGCCCAGCCUCCUCUUUCUCUCAAAGACUUCUCCCCCGAGGACGUUUUCGGCUGCGCCGACGUGCCUCUGCUGUACCGGGCAGUGCCCGGCAGAGGGGGCGCGCGCGACCGGGUGCAGGUGCUGCUGUGCGCCAACAGCAGAGGCACCGAGAAGCGGCGCGUGUGGGUCAGCGGGCUCCGGGCCGCGCCAACGUGCCUCUUCGGGGUCAGCAGUGCGGCUCUGCCGGCCUCCUACCACCCCGACCUGGGCGUCCCCUGGUCAGAGUGGCUGGCCCAGUUUGACAGGGACAUGGCGCGGCAAGGCCGACAGGUGACCCUGCUGCUGGCCGCCCGGGUGGCGGAGGGGUUGGCCGGCCGGCCCGGGCUCCGCCACGUGCGGCUCCUGCCUCUGGCCGCCGACGGCAGCACGCCUUCGCUGCCCGGCUCCGUGGUCCGGGCCUUCAGGACCCACUACCGGCACCGCCUGCUGGGCAAGCUGGCUGCCGUCCGGAGCAAGAGGGCCGGCGCCUCGCUGGCCGAGGCCGCGGCGGGCAUCACCGUGCUGGACGCGCUGCACAUGGCGGCGGCCGCCUGGGCCAAGGUGCCCCCCCAGCUCAUCGGGAGCAGCUUCGUCCAGGAAGGGCUGGCUCCCUGCAAGAUGUCCCCGUCCCCAGACCACGCCUCCGAGAUGCCGCCGGUCCCCGGCGGGCUGAGCCUCGAGGAGUUUUCCCGCUUUGUGGACCUGGAGGGUGAGGAGCCCGCGUCUGGGGGGUGCAAGGAGGAGACGGGCACUGAGGACGAGGCGGGCGCCGGAGAGGACGGCCUCGGGCCCCUGCCCACCAAAGCCGACGCCCUCCGGGCACUGGGCACGCUGAGGAGGUGGCUGGAGUGCAACGGCACCUCCCCUGAGCUCUUUGAAAAAUUCUACGCCUGCGAGGAGGAGGUGGAGCGUCUCUGCGGCUCGUGAGGGGCCCCCCUUGCUGCUGGCCAGGCCCCCCCCUCUCCUGUUUCCCAUGGAAACGCCCUCGCUAGGAAGGCGGGCUGGAGGCUGGGCUCUUUCCCGCGGAAAUGGAGCUUCGGGAAAGGUGUGGAAGGGAGACAAGCGGUGGAGACUGAGUCGAAGCCCCGAGAGAAGGUCGCCCCAGCCUCCAGAAGAGAGUUCUGAAGAUGGGGCGCGCGGGGCGGGGUGUGAGGCUAGCGUGUCGUUUCUCAACCUCCAGGGAGGCCGGGACCUGGGAAGGAAGAAUUGAGGCUUUACGGACAGGCCGAUCCCUUGAACUCUGUGUCGGAAACAGUUCUGCUUCUGGAAAUAAAGUUUUUUAGUCAGAA